AUGUGGAAAAUUUUUGAUCCCUCAAAAGAAAAAAACAUGUUGCAACGAUGUGGUCGUUUUAGUCUUCCCAGCAGAUGCGCGCUCUCGAGUAUCACCACCGCAGAUGGGUUGAUCGAUUCAUUCGCUUCAUCUUUAUCUUUAUCUCUAUCAUCAUCAUCAUCGUCAGUGCACACAAUAACAACAAUUCCAAGUUUUUGUAACAGAAACGACAACAACAACAACAACAAUUCCAACAGAAACAGAAACAGAAACAGAAACACAGCGACAAAUCAUCAUCAUCAUCAUCAUCAACCCAAUCGUUCCAUCAAAACGUCCUCCUCGCACGCGACGACCGUCUUGGGUAUUCGGAAAGAUUCCAAAACCGUUCUCAUCGCCGACGGUCAAGUGACCAUGGGGUCGGAAAUUAUUAAACACAACGUGAUUAAAGUGCGCAAGUUGGGCGACGGCGUCAUCUCGGGUUUCGCCGGGUCCACCGCUGAUGCGUUUACGCUCUUUGAAAGAUUGGAACAAAAGAUAGAAGAACACCCUGGUCAAUUGACGAGAGCUUGCGUGGAAUUGGCCAAGAAUUGGCGCACGGAUAAGUAUCUCAGAAGGUUAGAAGCGACGAUGAUUGUCGCCGAUAAACACCACAUGUUUCAAAUAACCGGCAACGGCGACGUGUUGGAACCGUCCAACGGAAUCAUCGGUAUCGGAAGCGGUGGAAGUUACGCGUUAGCCGCUUCUAAAGCUCUGGUUGAUGUGGAAGGAUUGAGCGCGAUGGAUAUCGCGAAGAAAGCUAUGGAUAUAGCCGCGAAUACGUGCGUGUAUACCAACGAUAAGUUUCAGAUUUUAACGUUGGAUUCAGACGCGAGCGCGGAGGAAGAAGGAGGAGAAAAAGAAAAGAAAGAAGUCGACGACGGAGGAGAGAAAGGAGGAGAGGGGAAAAAAGCGGCAUGA